AGCGAGCGGGCCCGGGUUCGGUGGCAUGGUUCGGGGCCCGUCAGCUAUUCUCGAGUCCUGCGUGAGCGCUGCCCGUCCGGAUCAUAUUUUUACGAACUGGGAUAAGCAGGCGGGGGGGGGGUAUAAAUCCAAGCCCGCCGCCCCUUCCACGCAGUGCCGGCCUGGUCCAGCUAAAAUAAAACUGUGAUGUAAGUAGCUGGGAGAAGUCCACACUGCAUCCGAGCCUUCCCCCGCCAGAACUUGGGUCCUCGAGUCGGGCAAGGAAGCAUCCCCGAUCGCUGAAGGAAGAGCACGCCGUCUGCCGCGCCGUGUGGUCCGGCUCUUCACGUAAGAGACAGUUCCUCCUGGGGAGAUGACGACGCAGGUACCAUAUAGAGACUUGGCCAAGCAAAGGAAGCAGCAGGCCAUGGUUUUGUCCAAGGAAGCCCGAGGCGAGCGCCUGGACCUAGGCAAGAAGGUCAGUAUGCCACGGGACCUGCAGAUGGAGGAACUGAACCUGCAGUCCAACAGAGGUUCCCGCAUGUUCUUGGAGAGGCAGAGGAGGGUGGAGAAAUUCACCGUGGAGAACGCAUCCCAAGGCUCAAACUUUCACCAACACCUGAACCAGACACAAGUACAGGAUUCUCAAGGUACCCUUGGAGGAAAGGAGAACUUUCGCACAGAGAUCUUGAUCCAGCAGCCUGGGAAGCAAACCCUCACAUUACCUCGGACUCAGACUGGAGGCAGGAAAGGGAACCCCAAAGUCCUUGCCCCAGGUUACUCAGGCCCACUUAAGGAGAUCCCCCACGAGAAGUUCAAUGUCACUGUGAUUCCAAAGUCUUACUGCUCCCCGUGGCGGGAAGCCCUGGGUAAUGAUGAGGAACUCUUGAGUACUCUCGACUGCCACCUCCCUGAUCCACCGCAACAACUCCAGCCUGUCAACUACAGGUGCUUCAACAGGGCACCCAUGCCUUUUGGCGGACCCGCAACAACCAAGGUGAUGGUCCCUACCCGGCGAGUUGAGCUCUUGGAGACUAUACCAGUGCCCAACCUGAGCUGGGACCGCAUGACCAAGCGGCCCAACUUCAACCGUGCACCUCGUGGAUGGGGAAUAAGCUACUCGCCAGAGUCUAACGACCUGUAAUGGGGUGUAGGAAG